UUUUUUUUUUUUUUUUUUUUUUCUGUCAGUACAACAUGAAUAAAGGUCGACCAUCAAUCCAAUGGUUAUUUCGACAACAUGGAAAUAUAGUAUGGAGCAGAUGUUACAAUACACAAGUGAAAAACAAGACGAUCCAUUCAUUAAGAUCAAGACUUAGUCUUCCUCGACUCUUCCUGGGGGGCAGUUUGAUAGGCUUCAUUGGAUAUGGUGGAUAUCAAUGGUAUCAAGAAGAACAGAAAGGAAGGUUAGACAGUGAUUGGUACUUACCUUUAACAUUACUGGACAAACGGAAUAUCUCUCCGGACACUGUACGACUAAGACUACAAACCAAGAAAAGGGUCGGUGAAGACUAUCCGGUGCCUUCGUGUGUAUAUAUCAAAGACGAUGCGAUCCAAGUCAUGCGGCCUUAUACACCUAUUAACGCCAAUCCUUAUCGAGAUGGAUUUAUUGAUUUGAUUGUUAAACGAUAUUCCAAUGGAUCUGUAUCUCGUACUCUGGCAGGUUAUCCUCUUGAUGAACCAGUAUUUGUACGUGGACCAAUGAUAGAAGAAUAUCAAUAUGAAGCAAAUACUAAGGAUGAAAUUGGCAUGAUAGCUGGUGGAACAGGGAUUUCACCGAUGUAUCAAGUGAUCAAACACAUAUUAGAAAAUCCUCAAGAUAGACAAACAAAAUUAUGGCUGAUCUAUGCAAACAAAAGUGAACGUGAUAUAUUGUUGAAACAAGAACUGGAUGCAUUAUGUGAGCAAUAUCAAGAUAGAUUGAAGAUCAUGUAUGUAUUAGAAUAUCCGUCAAAGGAAUGGCAAGGUGAACAGGGUAGAAUAACCUCAGAAAUGAUUGUAAAGAUGUUACAAAACGGAAAACAAGGUCAUCGACGACUUAUAUUUGUAUGUGGACCAGAUGGGAUGAUGAAUUCUAUUUGUGGACAAAGGGCAAGGGAUUAUAGUCAAGGAAAAUUGACGGGUAUAUUAGCUCAAUUAGGAUUAACUUCAAAAGAAGUAUGGAAAUUUCAAUAGAUUGUAGAUAUUUGUGACUAGAAAUAAAGAAAACCAUUUUUUUUUCUUA